UGCAUAUAGCAUCUCUGGUCUUCCAUGUUCACGGCAAUAACGCAUCAGUAAUCAGUAUACAGAAUGAGCGAACGAAGAAAAUCAAGUGAAACUAGAGCGGACCGCAGCGAUAGCUAUGAAUCGAAGCCGCGUCUAGAUGACUAUCCACCCAAUUCUCGCUUGUUCAUUGUUUGUAGUCGAAACAUCGCGGAGGAAGAGUUUCAGGAUGCGUUUCAGAAGUUUGGAACCAUCGAGGAAAUAUGGACAGUACGCGACAAGACAACAAAACAACCAAAAGGUGUCACGUAUAUCAAAUUCUCCAAAACUUCUGAGGCAGCACUAGCGCUGGAGGAGAUGAACGGUCGGUGUAUUGCCAACCACCCCAGGCCGCUCAAAGUUAUGAUCGCCCACAGCCGGGACCAGGGCUCGAAGCGGGAGAUGAACGAGUCGGAACGGCUGCUGCGGCUGUUCUGCGUCGUGCCCAAGACGAUGACCGACCAGGAGCUGCGCGAGCACUUCCAGCAGUUUGGCGACAUCGACUACGUGUCGAUCGUCAAGGACCGCGAGACCAGGGAGAGCAAGGGCUUCGCUUACGUCAAGUUCCACAAAGUAUCUCAUGCAGCCAAGGCGUACGAAGGCUGCGACCGUUCAUUCAAGGCGGUGUUUGCCGAACCCAAGCGGCAGGCACAGAGGGACAACCCUUUCCCUGACCGCUUCUCUUCAGCGUCCGGCUCGGGUGGAGGGAUGCCUGGCGGGGGAGUGUUCGACAAUGCGUACACUCCUUUCAACAGCCGAGGGGUACCGCACGAAAGCUCGGGGAAGGUGACGCUGCGCGUGAUCGCGCCCGGCAGCCUGACACAGGACCAGCUGUGGAGGCUGUUCGACCUGGUGCCGGGCCUCGACUACCUGCAGUGCGACCCCAAGCUCUGGAUGGGUAAACAGCAGGCGACGGCAGUGUACAACUCUGCGCAGGCAGCCGCCUACGCCCUGGACCGUCUCCACGGCUUCGAGUACCCGCCCGGAUACCGACUCAUAGUGAAGAUGGAUCCUGACCGUCCCCUGUCCCACGUGUCGGCGAGCAGGGACCCUUUCUCGGCAGUAGCCGCGGCCAGCUCUCCCCGACUGGGCACUGCGUCACCUGGCAUCGGGAGUGUCGGUGCGGUGAGUGCAGCCGCCGCCCUUACCCCGGACUUGGCGACUCUGGCGGAGACGAUCGCACAGGCCACGUCGCUCAUACAGGCUGCCGGGCUUGCACCUGGCAAAAUCAAACCUGCAGAUCCCGGAGUGACAGAAGAGACAUACGACCCCAGCUACUGCUCGGUGAAGCUGCCGCCGCCACAGCCGCUGGCUCCCGUCGACUCCGACUGUGCCGAGAGGUUGUUUAUCGUUUGCAAUCCGAGCCCUCCACCUUCCUACGCAGUGCGUGACGUUUUCGGCAGAUUCGGCCACCUGAUUGACGUCUACCUGCUGAACGGCAAGAACUACGGCUACGUCAAGUAUGCCAGUAAGGAGUCUGCCAACAAGGCAAUUCAGGUGUUGCACGGCCAGGAGAUAUGCGGAGUUCGACUGAAGGUGAUGGCCGCAGAUCCGCGCACGGACGACCGCCGCAAGAGGCUCAGGGUGGACGACCAGUAGGUGCAGACGUGUUGACGCUCCACACAAAAAAAAAACACAAGUACAGUAAAAUCAACAAAACACUUUUUCACGGAAACCACUUGACUGGUGACGACGGUGUGGAACGGGAGGUCACUCGCAACCACAAACAGAAAACUCCGAACGAGACUUGACGUCACCUGUGUGCCACUGACGGACCGGCGGUACCAACUUAACAACUACUGAGACGAGAGGUACCAACUGUUACACGACGACAAGAAACUCGUUGCUGGACGUUGCAGGUGGUUCCGUUCCUUGACGUAGUUCCCUAGUUACGUAAAAUCUGACUUUUGGACUGCAGGCUGUUUAAUGCUACUUCCAUUUCUUCCACUUCUCGUGAAGUAUCCCUGAUACUAACAGGAACUGUGUGUGCGUGCAAAUGAGAGAGAUUGUGUUAGUGAGAGAUGAUGUGCAAUACUUACUGUACAGACCGUGCUAUUGAGCUUGGCACAUUAAGAUGGGGAAUUUUUUUUAAUAAAUUUUUCCUAUUACUUGGAAUGAGGAGAGACAACUGCACAGAAAAUUGAUGCUUUGUGAAUGUUAAAAAUACUUCCAUAGAAUCUUGUACAUGCUGCCUCUACAAAUUUCUAGAUAUAUAAAAUUAUAGUAUAAACACAGGGAUUCCUUUAGUUCUUCUCUCGACAUUGAUUUACAGCUGUGAGUCCUCACGGCAGAGAAAUGUUGUGACCUCUGCCGUGCUACCGCAGGCUUCACGAGAGCUUUUCUUGUACCGUCUCGAUGUCCCGAGCUCGAACUGGCAGCUGCCGAGAAUCGAAUACUGCUUACCUUGUGCUUCUCUUUCCAUCUGUGCAAUUUUAGCCCUACUGCUUACCCAAAUCUAUAGUGUGUCUGCACUACCCGAGAGUACUUAGAGCACAAAGCUUCAUCAUUUCUUCACAUUAUUUUUGUUUAUCUUUUUGGAUCGUGAACAAAAUGCCUAGUCUGUGCAUGCUGUUUGUUUGCAGUGUCAAAAAAUUCCUGACAAAAAAUCUUUUUUGUUGUCACACUGAGUAUUUUCGUUUUUUAAUUUUUUCUUCUUUUUUUACUUUUUAAUUUCUUAUAUUUGUGUACGAUUUCAAAGAGAAGAGAGCUCUUUUGUGUUGUUAUAUUUAUAUGUUUAACAGAUGAUUGUGUGUGUCCAGCUGGAUGGAUCAUACUGUAAGCUUAUUUUGGCUGUUGUAACACAAUAAUAAAAGUUUGAUUUUCUGAUCUCUUGUUCUUUCUUUCUUUCUUUCUUCUGACUAUUUUUUAGCCCCUCGAUAGCAACAAGUUAUGGAACAUACAUAAUUUCUGUCCUCGGUGUUGCUAUGACAAGGACUGCAUUAGUUCAUUGCAGUUAUAGGUGUGCAGUUGCCAUAGCUGUUGUGGGCACACCCAUAGUGUACUGUGCAUGUCUCCGACACCGAACUGGGAUUGUUGUGUGACUUUGUAUGAUACUAUUUGUUUAAAUUUGUACAGAGACUGAAACUGCUCGACUACAGUAUUAUUGCACUUCUCCAUUAUCGGAAGCACACAGUGACGGUACAAUAUACGAGUACAGUAGUGACUGAGAAAAUGCGUCGCCCGGUUAAUGCUUCUGGGUCAGUUGUGUACAUCCUGUCGACCCCGAUUAUGUGCCGACUCGCAAUAAGCAGAUCGAAUUUCCCUCACUUGCAGCUGCAAUAAUAUUGUAGUCAACUAAUAGAAAAUGUAUUUGUCCUGUUUUCUGUAUUGUUUAUAUGUAACAGGAAUGGUUAUUAACUGUGACUGCUGUGGAUGCAAACAGAAAUGUCAAAGGAGAGAAAAUUACUUUCAGUAGAGGUGUGCAAUUAACGUUCAGUUAUGGUUAUCAUAUCAGUACGAGGCUCUCCUAGCUUUGAAACAGUGUAAUAAAAAGACAAUACCGUGGGGUUAAUUUGUCUGCCGGUACAGCCAUGUAUUUGUGAGACGAGUGCUAAAUAAAUUUGAUUGUGUAGGAGUGUACUGCCAGUCCAUUUGUUGAAUGUAACACAUUUGAAGCAGUUUUCAAAUGCACAUAAGAUUGUUGUAUCGUAGUUCGCACCAUUUGCUUCUGCUCGUCCAGGUAUCCUAGCUAUUUUUAAUAUUAAAGUAGUCACUGUAGCAAUCGAUACUACUAGUGUUUAUGACUACGAUGAUUGUAUGUUAUAAUGUUUUCCUAAUGAUGAACGAGGAUCCUAAGAUUGUAUCAGGCAGUGAAAACAGAAGAAUUUUGUCCCUGUAAAAUAAUUCAAAGUGUUACAGAUUUCCAGCAGAAUUUCACUUUUGCGUAGAAGAGUGCUCUUUGGAGUGCUGCCACUGCACGAUUUAUUAAAACAGAAUUGGCAAUAUCAUAAACUGCAAUAAAAAAUUUAAAGAAGGCAGUGGUUUUCCAUUUGUUUCAUAUAGAAUCUAAAAAAAAUUCUUCCCCUUCUGUUACAUAUACAGGUUGUUCUGGAACCAUUCAUUCAAAUUAAUUCAGGAUGUAGAGAAUUUCAACAAAUACAUUUUCAUAAGGAACUUAUGGUCCUUGCAGCAACUUGUAAUGUCAGGGAGCAUUCUGUUAGUGGUAUGGAGAUCCAAAAGUGCUUGUGUACUGGUGGUUGACUCUGAUGUCUGCUUGGAAACACGCCGCCUUGCCACAGUGGUGACUUCCUUGUAAACACGUCAGUCGUUAAAACCUUGUGACAACAACAGUGAACGUGGAGCAAUUUAUGUAUACUUACAUGCAUUUCGUAUACAGGUCUGUAAAUGUAAAUGGAUAAGCUGCCGCAGGAGUGUGUCGACAGCACUUUCCCAGCCUACAAGUUCUGUAACACCAAACAUUUGGGUGUUUGCGUCACCUACUGAGUGAAACUGGCAUUUUCCAUGUAAGCAUGCAGGAGACAGGUCAUAGUCUAGCAGCGCAAACCCUUGAAAUCGAAGACGAGGUUCUGCGACGUGUUGAAGAAAUGCCAUCUGCGAGAAUAUAAGGUAUCGGAAAGUACACGACGUACACGGGGGAACAGUUCAUUUCGAGAUGAUGAUUUUGGAAAAGUAGACAUUGGACAGCAUACCCGGAUUAGACUUGACUUGUGGAAACAUUAUGCACAGUAGGCUGGGAGAAUUUAUUAAAGAGAACACAAUGGUUUGCCUGCUCCACCACCCCCUCCAACACAUGUGCACUUACAUAAGCAAUCGGUUUGUGGUUUUUGCAGCUGCGGUUAUUGACUUAAUGAGUGCGUGUCGCGAAGAUGUAGGCAACAACGGCCUGCGUGGCCGAGUCACUGUAAUAUGCCGAUCGUCAGCAGUCACGUUACGUGUGCAGACAUUACUGCAAUUCUGUUAAAGGUUAGGAUGAAAGAGAGAUGUACUACCACUGAACUAUGUGUUAUUCAUUUAAUUUAUAGUGAGGCAAAAGGUGUUGUGAGGGCAGCUGUACAAAUUUAUCAAGAACGCUUCCCCCAUCAAAGUCUUUCUGCACGAUUGACAUUUGUUGCUGUUCACCAAAGGUUUGUAUCAUCAUAAUUCUCUACUUUUACUCAAUUUUUUUGCAAUUCAUUCGUAAAAAAGCACAGUAGUUAUCUUUACCUUUUUACAUUUAAUUUUGUAUGUGAUAUGUAUUGUCUGUUCUGAUGUGCUUUCGUUUUGUUAUUAAAUAAAAUGUGACAGAAUACAGCCUACGAGUACAUAUUUAAUUUACAUAGAUUGAGAUAUACUGCCUCUUCACUACCCUGGGCGGAAGGCAGAGUCUACAACACACAGAACGUACAUUGGAAGCUGAGGAACAAAUUUUGGAGCACAUUCAUGAAGAUCAUACUCAGAAUAAUAGAAGCAUUGCACAUGCCAAGUAGGUGUAUCACCCACUGUCAUUCAUUGCACUUUGAGAGAGCAGCAUCUGUGACCUUACCGCAUUUGAUGCAGACAAACUUUCGAAAGCAAAAUUUCCCUCCGCGGUGAGAAUUCUCGAAGUGGGUUUUGUCACAAAGUGUGCGACACAAUUUUGUAAACAAAGUACUUGUCAUAGAUAAAGCAUGUUUCAUUCGUGACAGAAUAACAAAUUUCUGUAACGUGCACAUGUGGAGUGUGCACAAUCUGCACCAACUAGUAACGACACAUAUUCAGCGCUACUUUUCCAUAAAUGUAUGGACAGGUAUAAUCGAUUAUUAAAUUAUUGGGCCCUAUUUUUUAUCUGCACGAUUGACUCGUAACAAUUACCAAACCUUUCUAGAGGAAACAUUCCUACCAACUUGAUUAGAAAUGUUUUGUUAGCCGUACGUCAUAACGUGGUUACUUCAUAGUGCUCCACCCCACAUUGAUCACAGAGUAUGAAGAUUUUUGAACAGAUGAUUUCCAGAUCGAUAUAUAGGACAUUUUGAUCCACAUCGAUGGCCAGCAUGCAGUCCUGAUUUAUAUCCAUUGGAUUUUUACUCGUGGGGCCAAAUGAAUGAACGCAUUAAUGCUCAGCAAGUAAAUAAUAUGGAUACACUUGUGCAGAGGAUUUUUAUUGCUGCCAGUUCCAUAAAGCUAAAUGUGCAUGUGUGUGAAAGAGUGCAACAAAAGUGGGUUUGCUGUAAUGAAGCACUUGUUGAGUCUAAUGGUGGGCAUUUUGAACCUGUUGUGGUAUUAGUAUUACAGGAAACAAAGUAAUGUGGAUUUCAUUUUUGUUAAGGUACUGUUGUAGAAAAGGAAAAUAACUGGAAUUUCAUUUUCGUUAGGGUAUUGUUGCAAAAGAGGAAACAGUUAAUUGUAAUUAUGCACAACAAAUUAUGUGGUAAUUGGCAAAUUUUGCGCCAAGGGAGACACAUUUUAUUUGAUGUUAGCCUUUCUUUACUUCCGUGACCUUCAUUAUGGUAAUGUUGCAAGAAAACAUCUGGUUGUACUUAAUUGUUUAUGUAAAAUGAAUUAUACGUUCUUGACAACCAAAUGACUGUUCAAAUUGCUUGUUUCGGUAGUACCUGGCUACCACACCGCGUCGUUGCAGACAUCCGAUGUUUACAUUGCUCUGGUUUGCCCAUUACAUUUUCUCUGACCACUGUAUCGAUGUUUGUAACACACGAGUAAGGUCGUGUGUCGUCAGUUGACAAUGUAAACAGAAAUGCAUCUAUUGUCAAACAUACAAAUGUGUUCCUUAGGAAUACAAAAAUAAAGAACAUGUUACAGUGAUAUUUCAUUAAA